AUGUCUGAUCGGAAAGAGCGUUCCCGGCUGCCUCAGCUGCUGCUGCUAAUCUGCCUUGGUCUAUUCCCUGCGGAGGUUAUCACCAAUACUAUACCAAUUCCCUGCCAGAAUGGUCAGGUUUAUGCCAAUGGCGGUUGCAGUCCCAUUAUUGUGAAUGUGUUUAAUGGAUGUGGUGGUCAAACGGGGAUAACAUGCAAUACUGCUAAUCCUGUGGUUGUCCCUAGUACUCCAGGUUGCCCCAACGCUCCUUUACCACCUACAGUGGAUCCAGUUACGCCUGAAAAACCUAAAGUGGACCCGGUAAAUCCAGCUUGUCCCAACGCUCCUUACACCCUACUGUGGAUCCAGUUACUACUGAAAAAUCUAAAGUGGACCCGAUUGUCCAUCCUCACAAUGUCCAAACAAUUGCCCAAUUCCUGUAAUAAUAAUUGCUCCUCUAACUGUCCUAAUAACUGUCCCAACGCUAGUACUCCAUGUCCGACCCUUCCACCCUCAACUUCCACUCCCCAAUCAACACCUGCUCCUCAACCCACGGCCCAACCAGCUCUACCACCAUAUAAUACACCCCGUCCUGACCCAAUACCAGACCCUAUCCCCAUUCCACCACCGGCUCCCAUUAUCCGCUGUCCGGAAGGAUCAAUCCUGAUAAGAGGUGUCUGCCGUCUUAUUUUCUGCGGAAGAUAUGAAAUGUACAACGAAGGACGCUGCACUCAGGCCCGCUGUCCUGCAGGAUAUGUUUGGACUGGAAUUCGAUGCUCAAAACCCAAGCCCGUGGAAAUCGGCAACAUUCACAUAGAGAACUAUGUACACCAGGCAGCUGGAAGUUUGCCCCACCUAAUCACCAACAAUGUAAACAAUGUCGAGGUCAACGCCUCCAUUGCCAUCCCAGGACAAACAUCUGAUGAGGAGGAGGAGGAUGAGGUGGAGGAAGUUGUGGUACCAAAACCCCCUUCAGGUCCCUGCUGCAAUGUAUUUUCUCCCCGGACUUGCAGCACCCAGGUGGAUCAGGUGGGAUACAAGUGCUUCAGCAGGAGCCAGCAGCAGUGUGGUUCCUUCUGCAGUGCCAACAAGGUGGUCCUCGCAUCACCUAACGUUACCACCUGGACGCAGGACAACAACCAGAUGGUGGUCUUGCCACCCAACUGGGCGGGUCAGGGCUGCCAGUCCAACGGAGGCCCCUGCCAACAGGCUCAAAACUUUUACGACUGCAGUGGCUGCGCAAUUGGUGACUUUUCGACCUGCUCGACGUACUGCUACACCUACAAGUGCAGCACCCACAACUGCGCCUUUUAUGACCAGACCCAAUACUGCUCCCAAAAUCCUGGCCAAAUAGGCUGCCGAGCGGAUGAUGGAUGGUUUCCAAUAUCGUAAAUAUACGCUAUAUCAAACCCAAAAACCAUGAAAGCUCUAACAAUCAAGU